UGUAGAAAAAAAAAAUCUGCAGAUACUCAAUGCGGCAUUUCAGUGAAUGAAUAAUGUACAAUACAAGUGACAACAUUAUCCAUGAAAAUUUAGGUGAACCAGCAAGGAAACAGUUUUAAAAAUAACCGAAAUGAAUAAGAUGUGUAUGAGUGAAUGAAAAACGGUCCAAUGUGAAGUGUGGAAAAGGGUGAGUGGCUGAGCUUGAACGUGACAUUUCAAAUGAAGCACAGGCGUCAACCAGGGGCGCCCUCUACGGGCUGAAUGAAGCACUGCACAAGCAGAGCGCCUCACCCUCUUCAUCGUCCUCCUCCUCCUCCUCGUAGUCGUUGUCGUCCUUUACCCCUCCCCUGCCCAUCCCCCUCCCCUCUCCGCGUGGAGCCGAAGCUGCAUUCCUCUUCUCUCCAGUCACACGCAGGGAGCUGCUGGAGGGAGAGCCGCAGUCACUCCGAGUGGGAAUGUCUCGAAGUUUUGGAAUUUAAACCAUGGCGAGGAUUGCUUCGCUGCGAAUCACUUGAUCGGUAAGUAGCGUGAGAAGUCACGCGCGGGUCUCGUCAGUGAGCGACUGCCGCCUUUUCCCGUUCCAAGUCCGAGUCUUGUGCCACUCCGCUCCGCGCGGUGACUCGAUUGUGUCCCCCACGACCAGCACAGCGCUCCUCGCUUCUCCCCACGGCACCCUGUUUGAAAUGCUGGGCGCGCCACGCAGAGUCAGCCGUGAAAAUGGACACCAGCGCCAACAGGCAAAGUCUUUUUAGGCGUGAGGACUUGCAACACAUUCCUCCAUGGAUGAUGUUCCUGAUGAUGGUGUGCAAUGCUGUGAAUAGGACAGUGGAUCAAUAGAAGCGUUUGUUCCCCACUUCGUCGUCCUGUCUUUGAUAAAUAGUUCUCAUUUGUUCCUUGACUAUAGACUAAAAAGACUCAAAAUUCUGACUUGGAACUCGAGUACCAGAAGUUGCACGCCUCCUCCUCUCCUUUCUCCUUUCUCCUUCCCCUCCGCCCAGGUCUUUCCUCAGGACAGCCCAAACAUGUGCUCACAAGCUCGAGUAACAGUUUUCCCAUUUCUGGGGAACCGGUUUACUGUGUUUGGACUUUUAUUUAUCAUUACCUCAUCCUUCUGUGGAGGCCAGCUGCAAACUUUCAAACGAUUCACACCUGCAGAGUGGGGGCUUACACAUUUGGCCAUUCACAACAAAACUGGAGAAGUCUAUGUGGGAGCUGUCAACUGGAUUUUCAAGCUGUCUAGCAACCUAACUAAGCUGCGUAGCCACAUGACUGGACCAGUGGUAGACAAUGAAAAGUGUUACCCUCCACCCAGUGUCCAGUCAUGCCCUCACGACCUGGCUCAGACACCCAACGUGAACAAGCUUCUACUCAUCGACUAUGCCCAGAAUCGCCUCAUUGCCUGUGGUAGUACUUCGCAGGGCAUCUGCCAAUUUCUUCGCCUGGAUGACCUCUUCAAGCUGGGUGAGCCUCACCAUCGGAAGGAACACUACCUGUCCAGUGUGGCUGAAUCGGGUACCAUGUCUGGAGUCAUAAUAAGCUCCCCUCAUAGUCCAACAAGCAAACUCUUCAUUGGAACCCCCAUUGAUGGCAAGUCCGAAUAUUUUCCGACCCUCUCCAGCCGAAAGUUGAUGGAGAACGAAGAAAAUGCGGACAUGUUCAGCUUUGUGUAUCAAGAUGAGUUUGUCUCUUCUCAGCUCAAGAUUCCAUCUGAUACUUUGUCCAAGUUUCCUGCUUUUGACAUAUACUAUGUUUACAGCUUCAGCAGUGAACAGUUUGUGUAUUAUCUUACAAUGCAGCUGGAUACACAGCUCACUUCUCCUGAUGUCAGUGGUGAGCAGUUCUUCACCUCCAAAAUCGUUCGCCUCUGUGUUGAUGACCCAAAAUUUUACUCUUACGUUGAGUUCCCCAUCGGCUGUACUAAGGACGGUGUCGAGUACCGCCUGGUCCAGGAUGCCUACUUGGCCCGACCAGGCCGUCAACUGGCAAAUUCUCUGGGGAUCUCCGAGAAUGAAGACAUCCUCUUCACGGUCUUCUCGCAAGGACAGAAGAAUCGUUCCAAGCCACCCAAAGAGUCAGCAUUGUGCCUUUUCACCCUGAGGAGAAUCAAGGAGAAAAUCAAGGAAAGGAUUCAGUCUUGUUACAAGGGUGAUGGGAAACUCUCCUUACCAUGGCUUCUCAACAAGGAACUCGCAUGCAUCAACUCUCCUCUACAGAUCGAUGACAACUUCUGUGGCCAAGACUUCAACCAGCCUCUGGGCGGAACAAGCACCAUUGAGGGCAUUCCCCUCUUCCUGGACAAAGAAGACGGCAUGACCUCGGUGGCAGCAUACGACUACCGUGGAAACACUGUGGCUUUUGUUGGCACACGCAAUGGCAAACUGAAAAAGAUACUGGUGAACUCUGUGAGUCCAAACCGUCCAGCAGUACUCUAUGAGAAGGUGACGUUAAGUGAAGGAGGAAGUCCCUUGCUGAGAGACAUGCUUUUCAGCCCAGACCAGCAGCACCUCUACACAUUGACUGACAAACAGGUGGUGAGAGUACCAGUGGAGAGCUGUGAGCAGUACACUACAUGCGGGGAGUGUCUAGGCUCCAGAGACCCUCACUGUGGAUGGUGUGUCCUCCACAAUGUAUGCUCGAGAAAGGACCGAUGUGAAAGAGCGAGUGAACCCCAGAGGUUCGCAUCGGACCAAAGGCAGUGUGUGGAGCUCAGCGUUCAGCCCAAAAAUAUUUCCGUCACCAUGUCGGAAGUGCAGCUGGUCCUUCAGGCUCGUAAUGUGCCUGAUCUAUCAGUUGGAGUCAACUGCUCUUUUGAGGACUACGUGGAGACCGAGGGACUGAUCCAAGGUGGACACAUUUACUGCCUGUCCCCCUCUGCCCGUGACGUUAUCCCCAUCACACGGAAUAAAGGUGACAAGCGUGUGGUAAAACUUUAUCUGAAAUCCAAGGAAACGGGCAAAAAGUUUGCCAGUGUCGACUUUGUCUUCUACAACUGCAGUGUCCACCAUUCUUGCCUCUCUUGUGUAAACGGAUCCUUUCCAUGCUACUGGUGCAAGUAUCGCCACAUGUGCACCCAGAAUGCCAAUGACUGCUCCUUCCAAGAGGGACGAGUUAACAUUUCUGAGGACUGCCCCCAGAUUCUACCUUCAACACAGAUCUACAUCCCAGUGGGGGUGACGAAGCCGAUUACCUUAGCUGCCAAGAAUCUGCCCCAGCCGCAAUCAGGACAGAGGAACUACGAGUGUGUGUUCCACAUCCAGGGCGAGACUCACAGUGUCCCCGCCCUGCGCUUCAACAGCUCAUCUAUCCAAUGCCAGAAGACAGCGUAUACCUACGAUGGAAAUGACAUCAGUGACCUUCCUGUGGAUUUGUCUGUGGUUUGGAAUGGAAACUUUGAUAUCGACAACCCCUACAACAUAAAAGCUCACCUGUAUAAGUGCUAUGCGCUCAGAGACAGCUGCGGUAUGUGUCUGAAGGCCAACCCCAGAUUUGAGUGUGGCUGGUGUGUGCAAGAGAAGAAGUGCUCCCUCAGGCAGGAGUGCACUCCUACCGAGAGCACUUGGAUGCACGCCACCACGGGAAACAGCCGCUGUGCACACCCCAAGAUCACCAAGCUAGUUCCAGAGACUGGGCCCAGACAAGGAGGAACCAUGCUAACUAUCACCGGGGAAAAUUUGGGUCUCCAGUUCAAGGACAUCCAGAAUGGAGUCCGCAUUGGAAAAGUGGCUUGCAACCCUCAAGAAGACCAGUACAUCAGUGCUGAGCAGAUUGUGUGUCGACUGAAUGACGCAACAGGUUACCGGGUGCAGGAGGCUCAAGUGGAGGUGUGUGUGAGGGACUGCAUCCAUCCUGACUACAAAGCAGUUUCCAACAAGGCUUUUACAUUUGUGUCUCCAUACUUCACCCGUGUCCGGCCGUCCACUGGGCCGCUCUCUGGAGGGACAAGGAUCACCAUAAAUGGCAGUAACCUAAACGCAGGCAGCGCUGUCUAUGUAAAGAUUGGACUCCACGCCUGCCGCUUUGAGAAGCGAAACAGCACCGAGAUAGUGUGUGUGACUCCAGCCGGACAAGCUCAGGGCCCCACCCCGGUCAUGGUGGACAUCAACUCAGCCGAGCUGAGAAACCCAGGGGUCAAGUUCAACUACUCGGAUGAUCCCACCAUCCUCAAAAUUGAACCUGACUGGAGCAUUGCCAGUGGAGGAACCAUGUUGACCAUUACAGGAACCAAUUUGAUGACUAUCAAAGAACCCAAGAUGAGGGCUAAAUAUGGUAGCGCCGAGUCAGAAAAUAACUGCACCGUAGUCAACAACACAGUGAUGGUGUGUCUCGCUCCCUCCGUGGCCGCGUCUGACAAAGUUUUCUCCGAGAUGGGGAGCAGUCCAGAUGAAAUUGGCUUCAUCAUGGAUAAUGUGCAUUCUGUGCUGGUGGUCAACGAGACCUUUAGCUACCAUCCAGACCCUGUAUUUGAACCUCUGAGCCCGAAUGGCCUGUUGGAGCUAAAGCCCAGCUCUCCACUUAUACUCAAGGGUCGUAACCUAAUUCCUGCAGCCCCUGGAAAUACUAAGCUGAACUAUACAGUGCUGAUUGGGGAGACACCAUGCAUUCUCACCUUGUCUGAGAGCCAGCUACUGUGUGAGUGGCCCAACCUGACUGGAGAACACAAAGUCACCGUGCGUGUCGGAGGCUUUGAAUAUUCGCCGGGGACCUUGCAAAUCUACUCGGACAGCCUUCUCACCCUACCUGCCAUCAUUGGUAUUGGAGGGGGAGGCGGCCUGCUGUUGCUGGUUAUUAUCGUGGUGCUGAUCGCUUACAAGAGGAAGUCCCGUGACGCAGACCGCACCCUGAAACGACUCCAACUGCAGAUGGACAACCUGGAGUCCAGGGUAGCCCUCGAGUGCAAGGAAGCAUUUGCAGAACUGCAGACUGACAUCCAUGAGCUCACUCAGGAGCUUGACGGAGCAGGAAUCCCCUUCCUGGACUACCGCACCUACGCCAUGAGGGUCCUCUUUCCUGGGAUUGAGGACCAUCCUGUGCUCAAGGAGAUGGAGGUCCCAGCUAACGUGGAGAAGGCUUUGACGUUGUUCGGACAGAUGCUGACUAAAAAGCACUUCCUCCUGACCUUCAUCCGCACCCUUGAAGCACAGCGUUCCUUCUCCAUGCGCGACCGUGGCAAUGUGGCCUCCCUCAUCAUGACGGCACUACAAGGGGAAAUGGAGUAUGCCACAGGCGUCCUUAAACAACUCCUGUCUGACCUCAUCGACAAGAACUUAGAGAGCAAGAAUCACCCGAAGCUCUUACUCCGGAGGACGGAGUCGGUGGCUGAGAAGAUGCUCACCAACUGGUUUACCUUCCUGCUUUACAAGUUCCUCAAGGAGUGUGCCGGCGAGCCGCUCUUCAUGCUGUAUUGUGCCAUGAAGCAGCAAAUGGAGAAGGGGCCGAUAGAUGCAAUCACAGGAGAGGCCCGCUACUCCCUCAGCGAGGACAAGCUCAUCAGACAGCAGAUUGACUACAAGACUUUGACGCUGCACUGUGUGAACCCAGAGAAUGAGAACGCUCCUGAGGUCACUGUGAAGAGUCUAAACUGUGACACAGUGACGCAAGUGAAGGAGAAGCUCUUAGAUGCCGUGUACAAGGGCACACCCUACUCUCAGAGACCAAAGGCCUCCGAUAUGGAUCUGGAAUGGCGACAAGGAAGGAUGGCUCGCAUCAUCCUGCAGGAUGAAGACGUGACCACGAAGAUUGACAAUGACUGGAAGAGACUUAACACCCUGGCCCACUACCAGGUGACAGAUGGCUCAGUGAUUGCCUUGGUACCCAAGCAGAACUCCGCUUACAACAUCUCCAACUCCUCCACAUUCACCAAAUCUCUCAGCAGAUACGAGAGCAUGCUGAGAACAGCCAGCAGUCCCGACAGUUUGCGCUCACGAACCCCAAUGAUCACGCCUGACUUGGAAAGCGGCACCAAACUCUGGCACUUGGUCAAGAACCACGACCACUCGGACCAGAGGGAGGGCGACCGAGGGAGCAAGAUGGUCUCUGAGAUCUACCUGACCCGGCUGCUGGCCACCAAGGGCACUCUCCAGAAGUUUGUGGACGACCUGUUUGAGACGAUCUUCAGCACAGCCCACAGGGGCAGUGCCUUGCCACUCGCCAUCAAGUACAUGUUUGACUUCCUGGACGAGCAAGCCGACAAACACUCCAUAUCCGACUCAGACGUCCGGCACACUUGGAAGAGCAACUGCCUCCCCCUGCGCUUCUGGGUCAACGUGAUCAAGAACCCGCAGUUCGUGUUCGACAUCCACAAGAACAGCAUUACAGACGCCUGUUUGUCUGUGGUGGCCCAGACCUUCAUGGACUCGUGUUCCACAUCCGAGCAUAAAUUAGGGAAGGACUCGCCAUCCAACAAGCUGCUUUACGCUAAAGAUAUCCCCAACUACAAGAACUGGGUCGAGAGGUACUACUCUGAUAUCUCCAGGAUGUCCGCCAUCAGCGACCAGGACAUGAGUGCCUACCUGGCCGAGCAGUCGCGACUGCACGCCAACCAGUUUAACAGCAUGUCUGCCCUGCAUGAGAUCUACUCCUACAUCAUCAAGUACAAUGAGGAGAUCUUGUCGGCGUUGGAGCGGGACGAGCAGGCGAGGAGACAAAGACUGCGGAGCAAGCUGGAGCAUGUCAUCGACACAAUGGCCCUGACGAGCUGAGGAGCAUCCGGCGCGGGCGUCUGUCCGUCUCCCCUCCCUCGCACACAACAAACCAAGCGAUCCCCACCCCCGACAAUACAACCAACACAAACUGCAAAAGCAUUCAAGCGGUAUACUUUCAAACAGAGGAGGGGGUUCGGCAGAGAUGGGCGGGUCUGUGUAUGCCUACGUGUGUUCGUGUAUGUGUGCGUGUCCGCAGGCCCAACGUGCGUGUGCGUGCGAGAGAGCAGACAUUUUCACGCACACCAUUCGUGGAGAAGGUCCCGGUGAUGGCUUUUUGGGUUGUGUGGAUGUGAGUUUGGAGCGAAGACACAUAAAAAAAACUCCACGCGUCGCCUCUCGUGCACAGUGGAGACAACGGGGAGAAAGAAGCUUUGUGGCUCAUGUGUCAGGCUUUUUUGUUUGUUUUUUUCUUGUUUGUUUUUUUGGUAUAAAUGUAAUCAACUGCCCACUCUCUGAUCUCUCGCCACUUGUAUUACUGCUGAAUUUGCACAAUUUACAGAAACGCUACAAAUGAAGACUAUAUAGAUGUUAUAUAUAAAUACAGCUACGUUUUUGAAGAAAGAUUAGGGAGAGAGCAAUGUUUUUCCCCCUCUUUGGUUUUAACCAUGAGACCAAUCCAGAGAAAUAAACCCAACAAAGAAUUUGAUAGUUGAAGUGCAAAGAAAAACUACAAAUGGAGGAAAAAAAAAAAUUGAAAAAAAAAAGUCGUACUGUGCCAUGUUUCCUUUGAAUGUUGUUUAGUGCAAAGACAUUUUGUUAGAUGGAAUGUGCUACCAUAUGAUUUUAAAUAUGAACAUGCCUCGUGACUGAAAGGAAACAUUUGAGACUGACAGAAGAAAAAACAACAUAAGACAGCGAGCAGCCAUGUGCUUGGUUCCGGGGUCACGCUGCUGUGUCCACUUGAAACAGUGCAAAGGUUUUUGGGUGAGAACAGCCUCACAGGAUCGUUGCUGGACCCGAUCCCGCUUUGUUCCACGACAGCCUGCCGCGCGUUCGGCGACGUAGUCGCUUAGAUCCGACUAACCUGUCGUGUUGAACAAAGUGGGACGGUAUCUUUCUUAGCCCGAAGCAACAUGUUUUAUUCAUGUCCAAAAUGUUGGUAGCUGGACACAAGAUUUGCUGAGUUUAUAUCGUCUGAAGGAGGUCACCAUCCUCAUACCCGGCAGCUCUUCUUUGUCAAGCCGGCUGAAUGUGGCUUUUAAGACAAUUCUCCUUUCUUCUGCCUCUGACACUCAAGUUAGCUGAUUUUUGAAUUUCUGGUGAGAAAUCUAGUUUUUUUUUUCGUUUUUGUUGUUGUUGUUUUUUUUUGUUUGUUUUUUGUUUUUGCUUGCCCAAAACAAAACUGAGGUCUAUUCAUGGUUUCAUUUGUAAAUUGUAUACUUUCCCAUGUGUUCAUUUUGUAAUCGGGUUGGUGUUGUUCUUCCCCCAACAUGUAAAUUGUACAUUUGAUGGUACGUUGAAGGUAAACAAACAAACAAACAAAAGACAACAACACAAAAACUCUCUUCAGUUGUCCUGAAGGUGGAAAGUACUUGAUGGGACCUCAACGGGGCGUUCCAAAUGAUGAGCAUCUGUGUCUUUGUGAUGGAAAUGUGACAUUGCUGCUUUAAACUCUUGUAUUUAGUUUUUUAUAUCCCAUCUUUUAGGGCUGUUAUUUAAUGCUGAUCAUAAAUGCUGUGGCUCGACAGCUUUUUUUUUUUUUUUUUUAGGUCAGCGCACAUCGCUUAGUACAAAAGUCAACAUACUACUUUGUUCAGAUGAGCAAGAGGUGUCGGAACUUCAACUGGAUAAUUUUCUUUUUUGUUGUUGUUUUUUUUACAUUUCUUUGCCACGCAUAGAGUGGGAAUCAUGUAAAGAUGUUUGAUUGAGAACAUGUCUAUUUCCUGUCUGUAUGCCUUCAUGAUAUAAGUGCUGAAUCCCGACGUGUUGGGGGGGCGUUACACGUGAAUGCUGUGUAUGGAUCAGUUUCAGUGCGGCGCGCCGACGAUCCCCCCCUGCAGAAGCACACGAGGCACAAAAGUGGUGAUUUAAUAAACAUUCUGGACUCAUUCUCUCUCAGGUUCACAGUCCACUUGUGUUUUUAAUUCUUCUUUAUGCUUCGUGUUGUUGAUCAAGUGACGGAGGAUGCUUUCAAUGAAGCGUCAGCCACGUUUGCACUGUUUAGGCUGACGGCGGACUUGUUCUAAAUGUGCUAUAAAGUAUGUCCGUGAAACACAUCAUGCUUUGUAAAACAGGCCGAAGAAAAAGUCUUAUACUCACCUCUUUUGUUUCCUGUUCUUUAAAAUAACAAAAAAAUCUUCAAACUCGGCUGCAUAGCAAACAGGAUGACCAGAUAUCCAGUUGAGACCAAGUGGCAAAGAAAUUUUAAAAACAAUUUUAGUGUCUCAGACUUGAAAGCGACUGUCACGCAAGUUUGCAGUUAAACAUUUUCAUUGUGUAAAUAUUCUGUUGUUUCCUACUUUGCAGAUGUACUACUUGUAAAUAAACACGCAUCAA